GUCAGUUGCUGAGGAAUUGCUGCGGCGGGUGGUGUCGCGCACCUGGGACCGAUCACGAUGCAAUUCACUUUAGUAUGCGUGAAACGCCUUGUCAUUAGGGCUUCUAUCGGAUUUUAGCUGAAUUUUGGAACUUGGGUUUGAAUGAUUGGUUGUUGUUAUGAGCAAUAUGUUAAAGAUGAAAAUUAGUCAACUACUACAAGACUGAGACAACAUUUGUGAAACCACACCAAAAUUUGUGGCCUCAGCCUAUUUGUACAGCCAACCAUGGAUUCUGUGAGGGUGGCUGUUCGCGUUCGCCCCUUCAAUCAAAGGGAGAUCGAUAUGAACGCCCAGCUCUGUAUAUCGAUGAACGGGAGGAAGACGACCAUCACUAAUCCCAAGCCCGGUGAGCGAGUGGACACGACCAAGUGCGAGGAUGUCAAGGAGUUCACAUACGACUACUCGUAUUGGUCGCUGGACCCGCAGCAGCCCGUCUUUCACUCUCAGGAGGAGAUUUAUCAGAAUCUUGGCUCCGAUGUCGUGGACAAUGCCUACGACGGAUACAACGCCUGUGUUUUCGCCUAUGGUCAGACGGGCAGCGGGAAAACCUACACCAUGAUGGGAACUCAGGCGGAGCGAGGUCUGAUCCCCCGGAUCUGCUACCGCCUGUUUGACAAGAUGGAACUGUCCAGCGAUGUGCGCUACCGCACGGAAGUCAGCUACCUCGAGAUUUACAACGAACAGGUGAAGGACCUGCUACAAAAGCAGCAGAGUCACUCGCUGAGGGUGCGCGAACACCCGCAGACGGGUCCUUACGUGGAGCAGCUCUCCAGGCACCUGGUCUCCUCAUACUCGGAUAUAUCGGAGCUGAUUGAGCGCGGUAACACCCACCGCACCACGGCCAGUACCGGGAUGAACGACACCAGCUCGCGAAGCCACGCCAUCUUUACCAUCGGCUUCACACAGGCGGCGCUAGUCGAGGGCCUGCCCAGCGAGCGGACCUCCAAAAUCCACCUCGUUGACCUGGCGGGAAGUGAACGUGCCAAGGCGACCGGCGCCACAGGCUGCCGACUGCGGGAGGGCGCUCACAUCAACAAGUCUCUGGUGACACUCGGCUCGGUGAUCUCGGCACUGGCGGAAGCCGGUCACCGUCACACCCCGGGCGGACGCACCCCGUUCGUGCCCUACCGAGACUCGACACUGACCUGGCUGCUCAAAGACAGUCUCGGUGGUAACGCCAAGACAGUUAUGAUUGCCGCCAUCUCCCCGGCCGACGUGAACUACGGUGAGACGCUCAGCACGCUGCGGUACGCCCACCGCGCAAAGUCCAUCCUCAACAAGCCGACGGUGAACGAGGACCGUAACGUGCAGCUGAUCCGCGAACUGCGGCAGGAGAUAGCCCGACUGAGGGCGCUCAUUGAGGGCGCCGGAGAGUCUCCUCGGGCGCUGGAGCUGAUACAGGAGAAGGAGGCCCGGGCGGACGAGAUGACCAACCAGUGGAUGGAGGGCUGGCGGGAAACGCAGAAGAUCCUUCAGGAGCAGCAGACACUCGGACUGAGAAAGUCGGGAGUGGGCGUGGUGUUGGACUCGGACCGCCCUCAUCUGAUUGGCAUUGAUGACGACCUGACCAGCACGGGUAUCACGCUCUACCAGCUGAAGUCGGAGAGGACGACGCUGGGCGCGGCCGCCGACUGCGACAUCGUGCUGGAGGGGGCCGGCAUCGCCGACCACCACUGCGUCAUCACGCUGUCUGACCAGCUGGGCGGCCUGCUGACCGCCAUUGGGGACGCCGUCUGCACCGUCGACCAGACAGACGUGGAGCGGGAGCAUCGGCUCACUCAGGGGUGCGUCAUCACGCUGGGCGAAUGCUCCAUGUUCCGGUACAACAGUCCGGCAGAGGCGGCGCGACUGAGGAGGGCCGGCGUGCGCCGCGCCUCCUCCCGGCUCUCGGUACUCUCCCUCUCUGCCUGUGAUCUGGCCGCUACGCGCAGCGUCGAGAGCCUGCUGACCGCCGAGAAAAGGCUGUCCUGGGGCAGCGCCCGGGAGCUGUCUCGUGCUCGCCAGCGCAGUCAGCCGUCUCUCAGCCGAGCGCGGCUCUCUGUGCUCGGUGACCCUCUGCUACAGACUGCGCCGGCCGGUGGACUGGCCGCUGGACCCGCCCCGACCGACCCCAUCGGGGAGGACGACGACCCGGGUGGACAGACAAAGGAGCUUACGAACGGUGCUGGUGCGGCUGAGCGGUCCUGUGCCGUGGCGGAACGUCCGCCCGGUCAGGGGAGUUCUCCUGACCUGAGGACUCCCGGGUCACUACCGGAGAGCUGUACGCAGACCGUCCCUGCCGAUAGCUCAUCCUCCGUGUGCCGCACCUGUGCCGCGGCCGGCCGGCGCUCUCCGCAGGCCGACACCGCCUCACCGGCGCUUAGAGCCCCCGGCAUCGCGCUGUCGCCUUCAACACCCUCACCGCCGCCGGCGUCACCAUCUCCACUACGAGUGGGCGGUGUGCCGGCGGACUCGGCAAGCCUGACAUCGGACAGCGCCCCGCCGCCGGCCGGGGCAGAGACCGGUGACAGCGAGGCCGACAGUCUGGAGAGUCCCAUCGAGCUGGGCUCUGACAGUGAACUAAUGGGCGCGUUUAUCGAGCACGAGGUGCAGCGGCGAGUCACCGAGCAGUUGGCAGUGCAGGAGCAGCGACUGCGCGCCGAGAGGGCCCACCAGCAGCUGAUGAACGAGCGCCAGCUGGCCCGGCUGCACUUCACACAUCAGAGGCAGAUCCGAAAACUCAAGAGCGCACUGAAUGGCGUGUACAGCAGCGUGUCUACCCUACCGGAGCUGGGGAGCGAGCCUCUCACCAUAGCAGAGGAGCGAGCAGCCAGCACACCGCGGCUUAACGGCUCCGACUCGCCGCCGCCGGCCUCCGUGGUCACCGUGCCUCGCUACGUUCUGCGCGGCGCUGGCCGAGACGCUCACUUCGAGUACGAGAUACGGCUGUGCGCCGGCGGCGAGCGGUACACGCUGUACCGUCGCUUCCAGCGGUUCCGCGAGCUGCACCGCUACGUGGCGCAGCGGUACGGCGAGCAGGCCACCGCCGCCGUCCGCCUGCCGCCCGCCAAACUGUUCGGCAGGACCUCCGAGACGCUGGCCAACGAGCGACGCGGUCAGCUGGAGGAGUACCUGAGGCGGCUGCUGGAGAAGUGCUCCGGGCUGCCGAGCUGUCCGCUGCACCCGGGCGUCACACGGCGCACGCUGGCCGACUUCGCGCCAUUUUUCCAGCGGGGCGUGUUUGAGUUUACGCGCGCCAUGACCUCGUGACCUGGAGAGAGGCGGAGAGGCGCCGGCUCGCCACUCUCUCGGUAUUUAUUGGAGGAUUCCCCUUGCGGCUGCCCUGGUUUGUGACCGUGGCUCUCUGUGGCUUGUUUUCGGAGCGGAGGGCUCACCCGAGUGACCGUGAAGACCGAUGCUGCAGUUUCACCGCAAGACAUUGUCUCUGUGGUGUGGUAAAGUGCGGGAUUUUGGGCGGCGGUUGUCGCAGCCGGGUGGUUCCCAGAUGUGUCGUUUGCGGGAGGUUGUCGUUGUUUGCUGUCCUGAUGGCUUGUGAAGGGGUUCUGUUGUGAGUUCGGAGCUCAAGUUCAACCAUGCGACUAAAGGGCGUAACUGGGAAUGGGGCGAGUUGUACUUGAUUGCCGGUGUACGAUCCGAAGUUGUUUUCUCUUCGUGAUGUGCGGUGUAUCGUAGGCGUGGCGAGAAAAGUUCGGAGCUUUUCUGACCGUCCAUCCAUCCCAAUAGCUUCCAGACUGUUCCCUCUGCUGUUUCUUUCCCAGGGACCAGUCAUUGUCAUUAGCACGCCGAUUUUAUAGAUCUUUUACGGGAAUUCUACACACUAGAAUGAUAAGGGGCAACAUCACACAAAUCCACAGCGCUGGCAUAACAUAAAUAUGCAUUACCUCCGCAGCACUAAAAUGAGCGCGUGCGUUUCAUUCAUAAAUAGAGGACACAAAUUGUUCUAAACCAGUUUCAGCUUCACUCUGAAAACCUAUUUCGUUAUCAAAGAACGCUUUUUCAAUACUUAUUAGAGCCAACCUGGUCUGCAUGUGACUUGCAUUUAAGUGCAGACCUAAACUAAUAUAUGCUGCUUCAUAACUCAAGUUGCAAAAGCUGCGAGGAAGUUUUGAUGAAAAUCUAAAAGUUUUCCCGCUAUUAGUUGUUGCGUCCUAGUUGAAGCCUUCAAAGUCUUGUAUCUCGUACAACCGGUUCCUGUUUACGGGUUUAAGUGGUUUAUCCGUGUAGCUGCCGGCAGUGCCGUGUGGUGGCCUCGCGGCCCUCGGUCUCUAGCUACUGACGGCGGUAUUCUGUCUCCGUCGCUACUGGCAACUUACUCUGUCGCUAUCCCUGUCGGCAGUGCAGUGCUUUGUUGCUGCCGGAACGGUUCUCUGCGCUUUAGCUGGGUCCUCUGUCCCUGUGGCUGCUGGGAUGGUCCUCUGUCGCUCUAGCUGUGUCCUCUGUCUCUGCCUGCUGCCGGGACGGUAUUCUGUCUCCGUAGUUGCCGGCUAUGCUGUGUCCUCUGUCCCUGCAGGAUGGCCCUCUGCUGCUCUAGCUGGGCCCUCUGCCUCUGCAGGACGGCCCUCUGCUGCUCUAGCUGUGUCCUCUGUCCCUGCAGUAGCCGGGACGGUCCUCUGUCUCCGGGCGGCGGCGCGGUGCCGGCCAGCUGGCUGAGUUUGCUCGCCGGCGCCGCUCGAGUGGCCCUGUCCGGGUAUCAGCGCGGCUCCGGCCCGGACGAUGACGCCAGAUUGAGGUCAGCCGGCCGAGGGACAACAGCCCCGGGCCGCUGCCGAUGGCCGCGCCGCGCCAAUAGGCUGGCUGGGCCGGUGUGGACAGACUUUUGAACUCUGGUAUCUGGUCGCUUCCAUAUUUUCUUUAUCUUUGACCUCCGAAAGUCGCGUGGUUGGCUAAGACAGGUAUUGCAUUCACCGCUUUAACAGGUUAUGUCAUCCUCCACAACUUUUCGAGAGGUUAAAGGCAGAGUCAGAUCGCUCAAUCUGAGGGAAUAUGUACCCCCUUCCUUGUCUCCCGUGCCUUGUCGUCUGACUGGAUAUCCCAUGUGCCUGUAACUGCGUCUCCGCUCUGCGGCGCCGCUGUCUGCGCCAGCCACUCCCGUCCGCGGCGCUGAUUGUCCGAGGUAUUUAUGUAGUCCUCUGGGAGUGACAGAUAUAGAUCUGUCUGGCUCCAGAGUCCAGAGGACGGACAGAGACACAGCGCCCGCCGGCUGUCCGGGCCUGAAGGAGGGAGCCGAGACGGGUUAACGAUGAAGGGAGUUAGUCUGCUGGGGUUGGCUGGACUACCCCUCCGCUCUGGUCUGGGAGAUACGCACAGAGUCGAGAAGAUACUGCUCCAUUCGCCGGACGAUUCAACUGUCUUUCACGAUGAUGCCUUAAAGGUGGGGGCUUGUGAUGCGGACUCGCGUCAUGCCGCCGCUGGUAUGGACAAGUAGACGCGAGUUAUUGCUCCGAGACAAACAGGGUACUGAGCACGAUAUGCAUAAAGUUUAGUCUCGAGCCCGCCGUACCUCCAUGUAUUCUGCGGUUACGCACAGCAAGCGCACAGCACCUAGUAAAAUACUUACAGGCUUGGCUUUACAUGGUAACAUUAUGGGUAUUCACUGGGUCAUUGAGAGGUUCCUGCAGCACAAUAAGUAUACAACGGGAACAGCUGAUGCUAUUGGAGCUUUGUGUAGUUAGUGUACCGGUCGAGAUCUGAUGUGGAGUCGGUGGGCCUGACUCAGAUAUGCAGUGUAGACUGAGUCGGGUAGGUCUUACUCAUCUAUUGUGUAGCCUGAGUCGAUACGAGACUCUGACUAGAGUCUCUGCUGGAGAGCGACUCGCUAGUAGCUCUGAGUGGAAACCGGCCUCGACUCAGUCGAGGUGACGGUCGUUUCCCGAGUUCUCAGCAUAGACCUGUCGAGCUGCACUGCAUAGAUGACCGAACAACCCCACGCACUGGGUAUUCGCUCCAUUAGGGAAACCGCGGGACGUAUUACUACUCUGAGCAUAAUAUCCUGCAACGUAUAUAAUGUGUGUAUUUGCUGGUAGAUUAGCUUCGAUGUGCAUGUUUUAAGUGCUGAAAAUAGUGUAUAUUACAACUGAGGUUGUUGGAAUACGUACCCAUGCUUUCAGAAGGAUUGUGCUUUUUGAUUGUUGUUUGACAGUGUGUUGAUGGGGUACUCUUGUGAAGUGAGUUGCUGCUAUCACUGACCCUCAGUCUUCGGUCUCCAUGAUAGAGAUCUGGCUUGUUUGUUGCUAUUCACUAUCGGCAUUUUAUAUGCGGUGUUGCACUCCUGAACAAUAUUAGCGUUGCAAAUUGUAUUUCUGUAUUUCAUUAUCCUCACUGUUCGUAAAUUUUCUUCAUGCAGUUUUGUUUUGUGCAUAACUCUUCAGUAAUUGCACGGAUGCAUAUAUUUUAGAUUCACAAUCGAAACAGCAGUCCUUACUUGGAGAGCCAUUUUACCGCUGUUUCCUGUUCUGUCAUUCAACUCCAUGAGCGUUCAUUACCUUCUACCACUUUAAGAGGAGCUAGACAUCGAACUUUGGUGUCAAUAUGGGCAUCGUGUAAUUUUACACACUGCUGAGUGCUGACUAUAUAUCGUUGAUGCAUGUCGAUGUUUACAAACAGCGCUACCGUUUUUAAACAGACGAGUACCGUGGUGCCUGAACCUCGGAAGCUUUAAAUCCGUCCCUUUUGGUACCGUUCCAUUACGACGUCUGCCUUCCACCACCACUUUCCACUGGGAAAGUGCCGGUCACGGAAUUUCCUUUACUGAGCUUUGCGUGGUUCACGUGACCUCUUUCGUGGUGUCUUACGCCUACCAUGUGACCUACAUCGCUGAAAGAAAAACAACGAAUGACUUGUGAAGUCUUUUACGGUUUAUGUGUAUCGAAGCUAGUGAAUUCAUCGGCGUUUUUGGCCCACGCAAACCAUGUUUCUUGGCUUUCCCUGUGUGCCGGAGUGUAUGUACUUUGUGUUAUCUAUCGCCUUUGACGCGUGUAUAACCCGAGUGGCUGGCUCGUGUCGAAAUGCGAGGCCGGCCAUGUGGCACGGUGUCCAAUGGACAGUAAACUCGUGUGUGACAAUACAGGGUCUGUGAGUGACGUA